AUGAGAUGAAGUGGCAAGUCCAUGUUGCAGAUAAUAGCUCUGAUGGUGGUUUUGCUUACCUUGAUAUCACUAAAAAUUUAGAGCCAGGUGCACAUGGUGUCAUGAAUUCGACGGAAAUCUCUGCAACUCACGCCUCAUGCUUUGCCUUUUCAUACAUGCUGGAUGGUCCCCAUGAACUCAAUAUCCUACAACAGAAUGGGAGAACUCUGCAGUCCCUUUGGUUUCAUGAAGGGCCACAGGGAGCUGUAUGGGUGGCUGUUCAGAUAACUGUAUCAUCAGAAGAAGUAUUUAACAUCCUUGUGGAGGGAGUGAGAGGUGACUCUGCAGAUGGUCAUAUUUCCGUAGACAGUGUUUUUCUUACUCUUGGACCCUGCAUUAUUCCAGAGGAUUCUUGUGACUUUGAAAAUAAACAAAUGUGUGGAUGGCAGACUGUAGGGAACCCUGGUCCCACAGACCCCCUGUGGGUUUGGACUGAUGGCCAAUCCACCACUACUGUGGAUCACACAACUGGGACUGUCAAAGGUCAUUUCUUGAAAGCCACCAACAACUGGAAUAGUAGUUCAUUGAACACUGCUCUCAUGUCCUCAAUACUGUAUUCAUCACAAGGUGCUUCAUAUGUCAGGUUCUAUUACUUUGCCCAUGAAGGAACUUUAGCAACUCUCAGAAUGUAUUAUGUUGAAGAUGAGAUUGAUGACACUGGAGAUCUUGCUCCAGUGAUUAUAUGGGAAGCACCUGUAGGCAAAGUCUCGGAGUGGAUGGAAGGUCGAGUAGAUGUUACUGUAAGCUUCUUCAGGUUACGGUUGGAAGCUGUCUUUAAAACACCAGAUAACACUUCCUUUAUAGCCUUUGAUGAUUUUAGUAUCCAUCCUGGCACUUGUGGCAGUGCAGCUGAAUGUAAUUUUGAUGGCCUAAAUUCCUGUGGAUGGACUCGCUCGCUCACCGAAAAAGCUUAUUGGGAUAUUAUCAGUGGCAGUGAUCACACAUAUGGAGACCUUGGUGGUGGGAUGCUGAUGUUAGAACCAACUAGAUAUGAGGCAGGAGAUGCAGCAGUGCUUCUCAGCCCUCUAAUGGAGCCUGCUGAAGCCAUAUCCACCUGUCUUCAAUUCUGGUUUCAUAUGAAUUCUAGUGUUGAGGGCAGUAUCAAUUUCUAUAUUCAGCCCGUUGGAGAGCAGCAGGUGUUAGUUUGGAGCAUGAGCAGUGCCCAAGCAGGGUCAUGGAAUGUUGGUCGUGUUCCACUGUUUGGACUUACUGAUAACUACUUCUUCAUACAACUAGAAGGUGUUGUGGGACUCAAUCAGCUACAAAGAAUUUAUAUUGAUGAUUUGCUGACAUUUACUGGUCAUUGUAACAUCUGGCCUGUGGAAGCUCAACCCAGGAAUGGUACAGAUUUUACCUCUACCACCAUUCAGGGAGGCUCAACCACCACACCGGAACCUCUUGGAGAAAAUGAUUGUGAUUUUGAGGACAUAAUGAUGCCAACAUGUUUAUGGGAGAUGUCAGAGGACAAUGGCACAGUGCCCUGGACUUGGUGGCAUGGACCCCCAGAUACUGUGUCUCCAGGUCCAGCCACAGAUCAUACAAUUGGCACAGAUGCUGGUCACUAUCUGUAUGUGGAAGCACAGUGGUCUUACCCCCCAGCCUCUGCUCUGUUGUACCGGGGACCUGUACAAGAUGCCCAGUGCUUCAGUUUCUGGUAUUAUAUGUUUGGUGAAAACACUCCAGACCUUAUUGCCACCACAAGAGCCGAAAAUAGUGAGAUAAACGAACCAAUCUUCUUUAGGACUGGUUCACAGGGAGACUUCUGGCAUCCAGCUACUAUGGAUUUGGGAAUUGAUGCAGCCAUGUAUAGUGCCAUUAUUAAAGCUGUUUGGGAAGAGUCCCGUCAAGGCAUUGUAGCUGUGGAUGAUCUUCGACUUCACUCAGGUCAUUGUCAACACCAUCCAACUGAUCCUCAGGCUCUCCAUGACUUUGAAGAGAAUGGUUCCAUGUUUGAUAUAGUCUCUGGUAGCAAAAUACAGUGGAACACCAUGAGUGUGGAAGAUCACCCUGACCACACACUUGGCACUCUGAAAGGGCACUUUGCUAGAGCUGAUCUGCAAAAAUACAUUGCUAGAGACUGGGGGCAAAUAAUCUCUCCAGUAUACCAGACCCAGGGCAAUAUAUUUGGGUGUCUGAACUUCUAUUAUUACCUGUCGGGCUUGUCAGGCACAGCUGAGCUGUCAGUCUAUAUGCAGAAACUUGGGAAUGGUUUUUCAGCAGAUGUAUCUAAGGAGCUUCUCUGGAAACAGAAUGAAAGCCAAGGAAAGAAUUGGGUAAAAGCUCAGUUAUAUAUCUUUGAGAAAGACAAUUUCCAGCUGAUCUUCGAGGCACAAGUUUUGAAGAACAACACAGACGCUGUAAUGGGGAUAGAUGAUGUAUACACUGAUACACACGAAUGCCAAACUUCCGUUGGGUGUGACUUUGAACAUGAACUGUGCACGUGGACAAAUUCCCUAGAUGAUUCUGCUGACUGGCUGUUGCAGAGCCCAGCUGAUGCUUUGCCAGGACCUGUAACUGACCAUUCCACUAAUUCCAUAAAAGGUCACUAUGUGAUAGUGUCUGGAUAUUUGAUGCCAGAUGAAGGAGGUUCUGCUAACCUAAAGUCCCAGUAUUACUCCAACAGCUAUUCCAUUACUGGGUCUUGUGCUAGUUUCUGGUACAAUGCUGCUUUCACAAAUGGAUCUCUUACGGUAUCAGCUUCAAGAGAGGACAGCUGGCAGACACUGUGGAGCCUCCGUCAUGGGACUGAUCCACUGUGGCAUUAUGCGAAAGUUACCACUGAUCAAGAUGAUUCAUUCAGGAUUGUUAUCACUGGUGUCCUGGACCAUGACCAGAAUUCUUACAUUGCUCUUGAUGAGCUGAUCUUUGAUCAGCUUUUCAAAUGUAGUUAUGACUAUAUAGUCCCUAAAUUCGCUGACCCUACUACUCUAGCUACGGAGGAUAUAGCUUGUGGCUUUGAGACUGACACAUGCAAAUGGAAGGCAUCAGAGCAAUUUCAAGUGGGAAUAGAAGAUGGAAUCCACUCAGACAGAGGCGGAGGGAACUACCUUUAUGUAUCCAUUAACCAGUCCACCCACAUUUACCAUGUUGUUUCCCUUCAGUCCAGACGUCUAGCAGAAAACCCACAUGGUUCACAUGAUUAUUGUUUCCAUUUCUGGUACUAUAUGUUUGGCAUAAGCUCCCCAUUUUUGUCAGUAAAGCAAAUUACGCUCAUGAACCAGUGGGGUAAUUUGUCAACCACCGAUAUCUUAUGGAACAAAGAGACGGGCAUCAUAGACCUGUGGCAUGAUGUCAGGGUAGAAUUUUAUACAUCUAAGGGUGACUAUCAGCUUCAGAUUGAAGUAAUAGUGUACCCUGAAGCAAAAGGAACAGUUGGCUUUGAUGAUUUAGAAGCUGAGGUUGGCUCAUGCAAGACCUCCAGAAUAGAUUGUGACUUUGAAGUGGAUAACUGUGAGUGGAUAGGUGAACCAAGCAGUGGACUAAAUUGGACCAGAGUUUUGGCAGAAGAAGGAGCAGAAGCAAUGGGUUAUGAUCACACCACUAACACUCAGACAGGACACUACAUGUACCCAGAGCCAGGUAAAUGGAUACCCGAAGGCUUGUCUGGCUUAUUAAUUGGACCACAGUUAACAGCAAAUGGUGGUGAUCAGUGUCUUAGUUUUUGGUACAGCAUUGAAGGCCAGAGCUCGCUUGCGGUAUUAACAAUUGAUGAAAACAAUACCCGAACAGAGUUGUGGAACCAGUCUGGAGGUUUUUGUUAUGGCUGGGUACUUGGUCGAGCUGAUGUCAAUAUGAGUAAACCCUUAAAGUUGGCCUUCAGAGCUGACUACAAAGUGCAGGAUGUUAAUGAUGUGGUCUUGGAUGAUAUCACCGUUGUCCCUGAUCACUGUCCAAGCAGCUCUUUAUCGUGUGAUUUUGAUGAUAGUCUUUGCACUUGGACUAAUGUGCUAUUGAGCAAACAACCCUGGUUAGUUGGACGAGGCUUUACCGAAGAUCCCAGUGUUGUGUCUGGUCCUUUUGAAGACCACACAACUCAAGAUGGACUCUAUGCUUAUGUUGACUUCACUACUUAUGGUCUCCCAGGUGAAGUUUCUCGAUUGAAGAGUGAAGAAAUGCCACCACAAGCAGUUGCGUGUCUAAGUUUCUGGUAUGUCAAGUAUGGAGAGAGCAGCAGAUCGGGAGUACUGACAGUCAAGUGGGCAGCAUUGCAAGAUAAUGGAGACCAACCAGUAGCGCUUCUGACCUUGGACAACAAUGUUAAUGUCAGACAGUGGACUCGGAGUGUGUUAAAUGUCACCAGCCCAAAAGAAAGAUACUUUAUUUUGUUUGAUGCCCAGAGAGUAACACCAGACCAAUUUAUUGCCAUUGAUGAUGUGAACCUUUUACCUGAGGAUUGUGCUGCCAUACCCACAACCACAGCAUCUCCUUCACAGCUGGUCAUAUGUGAUUUUGAGGCUGAUGACCUGUGUGGUUUUGCUCAGAGACAAGAUGACAAUUUUGACUGGACCCAUGGAACUGGCAAGGACAAUGAACUUCUUCCUAAUGAUCACACUACAGGCAAUAUAUCUGGGCACUACAUGUAUGUAGACCCAACACACCGUGGCAUUGGAGCUAGUGCCAGCCUGGCUGCCCCUGCUGUCUACGAUUUACCUGAAGCUUGUGUGGCUCUCACAUACUUCACAACUGGCAAAGCUGGCACAUUAAAGGUUUAUCUUCACACACAAGAGGAUCAACAAGCUAUCUUACUUGGAAACUUCUCUGCUCCAUUUAAUACAUGGAUUGGUGUAAGGAUGCCAGUGCUUGUUACAGGGGUCUGGCAAAUAGAGCUUAAAGUUACAGUUGAGCCUAACAGUGGAUUUAUCGGGAUUGAUGAUUAUAUUAUGAGUCCUGGAGCUUGCCCUGACCCAGUGUCAUGUGACUUUGAAGAUGGUACUUGCUUAUGGCAAAAUGUAGAGAAAAGUAAAUGGAGCUAUGGUCGUGUGACAGAUGACCCGAAUCAAGCUGCUGGAUAUGGUUUUGCACCUCCAUUUGAUCAUACAACAGAGACACCAUAUGGACAUUACCUUUACUUUUAUGAUGCACCAGAUGCUGCUCUUACCGCAAUAAUGUUAUCAGAAACUUUCACCUCCAAGAAUGAUUCUUGUAUAUCAUAUUGGCUUCACAUGUUUGGUGAAAAGGUGGGUAGACUACAGUUAAAGGCUAUACAAGCAGGAGGCACAACUGUACUAAAAACACUAACAGGACUACAUAGUUAUACCUGGCAACGAAUUGAGGUGGAUGUUAGAAAAUCUCCUCAGCAGUGGUUAUCAUUCAGUGUAGAGGGUGUUGAUGGUAGUGUUAAUGUGGUGGCAUUGGAUGAUCUAGAAUUCUCCAUUGGUGCCUGCUCAGAUAACUCGAGUGUUCCAGAUUUCCGUUGUGGCAAUGGUGCCCUCAUUCCCCAACAUGAGGUAUGUGACUACCUAGUUCAGUGCCCAGAUAAAGAAGAUGAGAAGUGGUGUGCAGAUUGUGCUUUCUCAGAAGAUACCUGUGGCUGGCACAGCAUAGAGACCCCACAGGACAGCACACAUCUCUGGUGGCAAAGACUUCUGGAUGGUACUGUAAGCCAGGUGGACCCUCAUGCAUACCACAUGGAAGUGAAGAGGAAGAAGGGUCCUGUGGUCAACCAGCCACGAAUUCUAACCCACCUACUACAGCCAGCACAUCACACAUGUGCAUUACACAUGGACUAUAAACUCUUUGCCCCCACAGCACCAGGUCCAAAGCUGAAUGUGUAUAUGGAACAUGGAGGCUCAGACCUUACCACACUGUUUCAAGCCCAAAUGCACUUGGAGGAAUGGCAGACGUUACAACUUCCUCUUGGGCGUAUUCCUUCCUCAUACCACCUUGUGGUUGAAGCAUCAAGUUCAAAUGAUCCAUCAGAGAUAAUAGCAGUGGAUGAGUUGAUGCUGUCAAACUGUUUUCCUCCCAGUCGGUGUGAUGAUCUCCCUGAUGGUUACAUAUGGUGUGAGAAUAUGGUCUGUUAUCCAAGUGAAGUUACUUGUGACUUUACUGAUGACUGUGGAGAUUAUUCUGAUGAGGCCAGUUGUAAAGAAUAUCCUCUAAGAUGCAGUUUUGAAGAUCACUGUCUGUGUGGUUGGGUAGCAUCAGAGUUCUUCAAAUUGACACAAACACGAGCUAGUGGUAAAGCACCCUUCAGGGACCACACUCUCAAUAGUGGUGAUGGCCACAUCAUGCUCGUUGAUUCACGUUCUCCUCGCACUGCUACUAUCACCAGCCCAAGUAUUUUGCCCUCUUCUCAGUGUCAGAUCCGUUUCUACCAUACUGUUUUUGGGGCAGGAACUACAUUAUUGAAUGUACGUGUACGAUCAUCUGAAAGUGAAGCCAUUUUGUCUGAAAUGGUAAUAGUGUCCCAUGAAGAAGAAUCAUUCUUCUGGCAACGCUUUUCAGAAGCAUAUACCUUCAACCAGAGUUUCUAUAUUGAAUUAGAAGGAGACAUCAGAGAGUGGGGAUCAGUGGGCAUUGAUGACAUCUCUCUCACUCCUGAAUGUAAAUUAAAUUUUGUAACACCAUCACCACUGCCUCCUAUAUCCACAACGAAGAGUCCCUGUGAGGAUGGCUUUUUCCCAUGCAAAUAUGAUGAGGGCCACACCCUUAAGUGUAUAAGUCUUCUUCAGGUGUGUGACUUCAAUGUGGAUUGUCCAUUAAAUGAUGAUGAGAGUCUUUGUGGUAGUACAACAUUUGAAGACAAUUCUGGUGGCUGGCAGGACACAAGUGACACUGCUUAUGCCUGGUCCCGGAUCAAAGCUGGUGAUGCGCAUUACUCUAAUUGUACAGCUCCGGACUUCGACCACACCAAUCCAAAUACUGGAGAGGGAUAUUAUAUGUGGGCUCCUGCAAAACUUGCAGAUGUACCUGAAGCAACAGCCACAAUGGAAACUCCAAUUCUUGGGCCCCCUGGCCUGGCCUGUACCAUGUAUUUAUGGUAUUACUGUAAAGAUGAUGAGCCAAUGUUAUCAGUUAUGGCAUGGACAGCCGAUGAAAAUCAUGAAAUGAUAUAUGGUACUGAUUUAUCAUGUUCUCACAAUCAAAAAUGGCGUGAAGGUCAAUUUUUCAUUGGGGAACAGAAUACAAAAAUCACAGCUGAACUGAAGAGUACCAAGUUUUCAUCUUCCUUCACCAACACCCAGUACGAUAUAGCUGUUGAUGACAUCACCUUCAGACAAUGCUCAGUACAUGAGCCACCAUCUUAUGGAGAUAUAUACUGCACAUUCUCCCAGCCCUGUGAUCUUUAUCAGAGUCACAAUGAUGACAUGGAUUGGGUACCACGAACUGAACACAUUAACACUUUCUUGGUUGCUAGAGGUGGUGGAGACAACCGUACAGCUAUCUUGCAAACUCUGUGGCGCAACACCCAUAAUGGAUUCUGCCUGUCAUUCCGGUAUCUCAUCAAAGGAAAAGCUAGCCUUGAGAUCACAAAAAUGGACACACAAAAUGAGACAGUAUGGACACGUGGAGGUGGCAUGAACUACUUGGAUUGGUACACACAAUACCUCUAUCUCUACAGUUACCCUGAGUACCAGAUUUCAAUUAUUGCCCACACUGGUGACCUUGAUGAAGAGAUUCAGAUAGAUGACGUAGAUAUCACUGAGGAUGUGUGUCCGGCAUCUCUUACUUGCAGCUUCGAUGAAGUGACAGAAGUUUGCGAAUGGGAUAAUUAUAUUAAGGACAAUGAUACACUGCCAUGGAAUAUUGGCCAUGGUUCUGAUGGUUUACCAAGUGCUCCACCUGUUGAUCAUUCAUGGGGAACAAAGUAUGGACACUACAGAUACAUUGAUCUGCAAGUCAACCAGGAAAAUCAAGUGGCUUACCUACGCAGUCAAGAAAUAAGUACCACUACUCCUGAUGGCGAUUGCUUCCAGUUCUGGUUUUAUCUCUAUUCCAGCGAAACUGGGGAGGAUGUUGGUGAACUAGGAGUGCGGUUAUUAACUAACGAAACCACUUUGUCGAAACGCAUUUGGCAACAGAAGUUCAAUGGCUGGAAUGGUUGGCAGUUUGGAGAGACAACCAUAAAAAAUGACAAGAAUUUCAGUGUGGUACUGGAAGGCUUACGACUACAUGGCGCGCUAGGAUACAUGGCUUGGGAUGAUCUAACUGUGCGUCGAGGUGCCUGUAGUCCCCCAGGCACAUGUGAUUUUGAAGAAGGACUUUGUGGCUGGAGAGAUAUUCCAGAUUCCAGAAACAAUAACUGGGCUUGGCUUAAGGCUGAAGAAGCAAGUGAUGGUGUCUUAGUUGAUCAUACAACAGGCACUGGAGAUGGCCACUACGUGUCCUUUGAUCAGUCCAGAUGUAAUGUUGGGUCAAGUUGUUAUGCUGACCUAGUGAGCAGUACCAUCAUCCCCGAAGACAGCCAGUACUGCUUUACCUUCUACAUGAACAACCUACAAAGCAACCCUGAUAAAAAUUCAGUGACACUUGAAGUGUUGAAUCCAGAGGACAAUACGACACGGCUCAUAGCUACUUACUCAAAUAUGGAUGAUAACAUUUGGACCCCCUUCCAACAACCCCUAGACAACCUGAUUCACACCUUCCAGCUUCGCCUAAGAUCUAGCAUGGUCACAGAUUUACUUAAAGUAGGAGCAUACAAUGCACUGGAUGAUUUGGACUUAUAUUCUGGUGAGUGUAAGUCACAUGGCACCACUUUAGAACCUACUGCAACACCACCACCCGACACACAACUAACUUGCACAUUUGAGGGUGGCACACUUUGUGGUUGGCUUCAAGACUCUACGGACGGACGAGAUUGGACCUUAAGUACUGGUGAAAUUGUCCAUUCUAAGCUGGGCCCUGAGGUUGAUCACACCACUCACCUUUCAGGAGGUCAUUUCAUCCUUGUCAAGUCUGCUGGUCUUAUUAGCUCUGCCAAUCUGUUGUCUGAGACCUUGAGAUCCAGUGAGGAUGGCCAUUGCCUUUCGUUCUCCUAUUACAUGCAUGGCAGUGCACCUCCUUUCUUGAAAAUGUAUAUUCUCAAAGCUGGUGAGAAGCCUCAGGUAUCAGAUCCACCUGACUGGGACCAUCUUCGAGAGGUCGGAGAAACGUGGCAGCAAGUUCAUCUCUUUAUUCCAAAACAAGACUAUAGCCAGCAUGUGGCACUUGUUGCCAAUACUCAAAAUAAUAAUGGCGAUGAUGGACACUCUGCAGUUGAUGACAUAUUGCUGACAGAUGGAUCUUGUGAUAGCCUAAGAGGAAACAAGUGUGACUUUGAAACAUCUGAUCUCUGUGAGUGGCUGCCAUCUCAAGACAAUGGAGUAGAGUGGAUUUGGAAUUCUGGUCAAAACUUAGAUCAUAACAAUGGACCAGAUUUUGAUCACACAUUUGGUUCAUCUGAGGGCCACUAUGCAUCCCUAAAACACUCACUAGAGUUCAGCCAGGAGAUUGCUUACCUCACAAGCAAAACUUACCACAGCUCGGGGAAGAUGUGCCUGCAGUUCUAUUACUACAUGCAAGGAAGGACCAGUUGGACAGGGUCACUCAGCGUGUAUGUAAAAGAUCCAGCUGUGGAUAUCACUGAUGUUGACCCAGUGUGGAAUAUUGCAGGUCCUCAAGGUGAUGUUUGGAACUUGGCUCGAAAUUCUCUGAGUUUUAUCAGUAACUACCAGACUGCGUUUGCUGCAGUUGUAGGCAGUGAUGGUGACAACAGCAUCAUAGCAAUAGAUGAUUUCAUAAUGUUAGAUACAGACUGCCCAGCAGCUGCUACAUGCUCAUUUGAAGAUGGCUACUGUGACUGGAGUAAUGUUCGAGGCACUGAUGAAAUGGACUGGGAGAUGAACCAGGGCCCAACGCCAACAGAAAAUACUGGACCAAAAUAUGAUCACACUCUUGAGACAGUGAAGGGUCACUACUUGUAUGUGGAGGCAGACGAUGGAAUGAUACAUUCCUCUGCAAUACUGGAAUCACCUCUUGUACCUGCUGGAACUUAUUGCUUUGAAUUCUAUUAUUCUAUGUAUGGCAGAGAUAUUGGUGGUCUUGCAGUACAAGUGCAGAAUAAUCACUCAGCCCAAACCCUAUUCCAGAAAUUUGGGGAUCAGGGACCAGACUGGAAAAAGGGAAAAACAACAGUGAUUGAAGAUAAAGAUUUUAAAUUCCAAGUGAUAACCUUGCAUGGCAAAGAGGGUGAUGAAGGAGACAUUGCUAUAGAUGACACUUGGACAUCUAAGGGUCCUUGUCAUGAUAAUCCUGAUGAGUUCGUUUGCCCUGAUGAUGAAAUUAUUCCGUAUUCCCAAGUGUGUGAUUUUAUUCCUGAGUGCCGUGACGAGGAUGAUGAAAUGUUGUGUGGAGUGUGCAACUUUGAAUUUGGCUUAUGUGGAUGGAUUUUCUUGAUGGAUAAUGACUACAUUUGGGCAAGAGGACGAAAUCUUAGUGAUGAUGAGAAUUCCUGGAACGUCCCUGACCACACUGUGGGAACGGGUGCUGGAUAUUACCUCUACAUUACCAAACAUUCUAGUGAGCACUCUGGGCCGGCUGUUAUGGUAACAGAAACACAUCACAAUGCUUUUCUUGACUGCACCAUGAAUUUCUGGGUACGUGAGCGCUCUGACAGUAAUGAGGGUUUACAUACAAGAGUGGCAGUGAAUGUGUUGAGGGAUGGCCAGGUGAGCCCAGUCUUCUACCUCAUUGACAAAAGCAACAAUGACUGGCAACAAGCAAAUGCUGUUCUAAAGGACUGGAUUGGAGACUUUGUCAUCCAAGUUCAAGGGCAGACAAGUGCAGGGCCCUCAGAUCUUACCAUUGAUGAUAUCACCUUUACAGGAUGUGCUAUGCCAUUUAGUACUGAGGAGUGCCCCAUGUAUACUUUAAAGUGUUUACAAACUGGGUUGUGUGUGCCAUAUGACUUCCUGUGUGACAAUACCAAUGACUGUGGUGACUUGACUGAUGAACAUAAUUGUGAAGACUUCUUGCCCAUUUGUACCCUAGAGGAAGAUGAGACCUGUGAUUGGGCCCAAGAGCCUGAUGAUGAUGAUAUUGACUGGGUGUAUGGCCAAGGUCACACAGUAGCUGGAAGAACCACCUUCCUGACAGGGCCACCAGUGGACCACACAUUACGACUUUCUGGUGGUCAUUACAUUUAUGCCACAAGUCCUACUACUUAUGCUCAAGAUGAGAGACAAGGCAAAGUCACAUACCGUGCCUGGUUCGUUAGCCCAGUGAUAAGGGCUGAUGAUGAUUCAUAUUUCCCAUGUGAGCUACGGUUUCAUUACUACAUGUAUGGACAAAAUAUAGAGGAACUGAAUGUAUAUACUCGGACAGAGCGUCAUGGUGACAUGACACUCUCCUUCACAAGGAAAGGGGAGCAAGGUCAAUUCUGGGAUCGUUCUGUUGUUCCAACUCCCUCAAAUAAGCCCUUCCAGUAUGUUAUUGAGGGAGUAACUAAUAACUUGGGCUUGUCUGACAUUGCCAUUGAUGAUUUAUCAUUCACUGAAUCCUGCAUGGAAACCAAUGAUACACUCCCUGGUGGCAACACUCCUGAGCCUCCAUACAAUCCAUGUGCAAAUGAUGAGUUCUAUUGUAAUAUUGGUGAAGAUUGCAUAGCAAAUUACAUGGUGUGUGACUGGAAAAAUGAUUGCUCAAAUGGUGCUGAUGAAGAUAAUUGUGGCACAUGUAAUUUUGAAUAUGAUAUGUGCAGUUGGUCUGAUGCCAGCAAAGGAAUAUUCCAUUGGCGGCGUAUCACUGGUGCUGACUUUUCCCAGUACAGUCAUCCAUUUAAAGAUCACACAUCCCAACAGUCUGAUGGCCACUUCAUAUAUGUUGAAGGUUCAGAUGGGACUGUUGGCAAAACAGCUGUGUUAGUCAGCCCAGCAUUGAGCCAUACAACAGGAUAUUAUUGUGAAAUUCAUUUUUGGUUGUUCCUUGAAAAUGGAAUGAAUGCACACGUAGGUCUCUAUUAUCACAAUAAUUAUCAAAAUAAGGACCACCUAUUAUACAAUUUGACGACUUCAGAGAUACAAGAAAAGGUUUGGUAUGAGGUUCUUGUUUCAGCCAAAUUAGUACCUUCAACAGAUUAUUUCAAACUGACAACUACACCAGUGUUUGAUCAAACCAUCGAUUGGGCAGACUCUCACUCAUCUGUGAGCAUUGAUGAUAUUAGUUUCUUCAACUGUAAUGAGCGUUUCCUUGAUCUGGCUUGUGACUUUGAUGAUGCAGGUACAUGCAAUUGGCGUCAAGCUCAGACUGAUCAGCAAGAUUGGAGGAAAAGUGAUCCCAGCAUUCCACUUCCAGACCACACAUCUGGGACUGGGCAUUAUAUAUACAUCAACUUUUUGCAAAAUUUUGCCGUGAAGGGCGAUAAGGCAAGACUCAUAAGUACAGUUCAGUCAAAGCCUGUUGGAGUGAGGAAUGUCUUUACACUCUGGUAUUACUUAUAUGGCGGAGACGUUGGCAUAUUCAGAAUUAUUGAGAGGAAACAAAACACAAAGGAGAAUGAUACUCUGUUUGAAAUUGGGGAUUCCCAGGAUGAUAGAUGGAUGCUCUUUGAACAAGAACUGGAUGCUGAUGAUGACUACUCAAUAGUUCUUGAGGCAGAAUGGGGGGAGAUUGGAUCUGGUAUGCUUGCUGUAGAUGAUGUCAAAAUUACAUCAAAGAUACAGAAUCCAUUUUGUGAUUUUGAGGAAGAUUUUUGUCAGUGGCAACUUGAUGAUAGUGAUACAGCAGUGUGGGCCAGAGGGCGUGGAAAGCAAAAUAAGACUGGUCUUCCUCCAGUAGACCACACAGAUAACACUAACAUGGGUCAUUAUGCAUAUCUGAAAGAAAAACCUAUACCUGGAAAGACUGGCACUCUCACUUCCCCAGCAUAUCAUUCUGUAGGUGUGCAGUGCCUCAGAUUUUGGUAUCACAUUUUAGGAGAUAAUGUUGGUGAAUUAUCAGUUCAAGUUGCAGACCAAGCUGGUUCUGGAGUAUUCACUCCUUUUUGGUCUCAUGAGAACAAUACUUUUGAAAUGUGGUCUCUUGGAAUGGUGACUCUCCCAAAUUUACAGAAGUAUGUUGUUCGCUUUGAAGGCACAACUGGCAGAAACAAUUUAAGUGUAAUUGCACUUGAUGAUGUGGAAUUCUUGCCUGAUGCUUGUCCAAAAGUCCAUGAAUGUGACUUUGAAUAUGAUGUGUGUGACUGGUUCAAUACAGACGAUGAAGACACCUUUGACUGGGAACGAUCAUCAGGUAGUGAAGGUGGAGGCAUAUCAGUAGAUCAUACUCUCAAUUUUGACACUGGUCACUAUAUGGUUGCAAAGCUCCAGGACAAAAAGAAGGGUGAUAGUGCCAAGCUCUUUGGAGGUACUGUUCCUAAAAACCUCAGGUGCAUGACAUUUUGGUAUUCAAUGCAGCACAUAAAAAAUGCCAAAUUAAGGGUUAUCUUACUUGAAGGAGAUGGUAUAACCCUGAUGGAACUUCAUAACUCUACUUUGGAUUAUCUCUGGGAAGAAAUAACAUUAAACCUUAACAUAGUGACUGAUUCCUUUGAGGUACAGUUUGAACUUCUUGUAGCGGAGGACAUUACAUUUUCAGAGUACUAUGCUGUGGCAAUAGAUGACACCGCCUUCACAGCAGAUUGUAAAAUACCAACAUUUCCUCCACCUGUUACUACACCACUACCCACCCACUUGCCUUCCAUAUAUGACUGUGAUUUUGAACAAGACGAUAACCAGAUGUGUGGUUGGACACUUGGGGAAAAUGAUGGCCUUCUCUGGCAGCGUUGGCAAGGACAGUCUUCAUCUUCUGAAACAGGUCCAAAAACUGAUCAUACCCUCAUGACAGAUGAUGGACAUUAUAUUUAUGUUGGUACCACAUUCAAGGUAGAAAGGAAUGCUACAUUAAUUAGCCCACCUAUAGACAUGGGAGUCAAUGGGGCUUGUCUUUCCUUCUGGUACCAUAUGCAUGGCUUUGAUAUUGGCAUGCUGCAGGUGCUGCUGCAAGUGGUAGGCACAAAUUCUACUACGUCGGUUUGGCAACGUUCACAUGAACAAGGAGACGACUGGAUACAAGCUAAGGUGCACCUAAAUGGUUUGCAAAGCAGCCAUAUGAUACUUGAAGCUAUACCAAAGCCUUAUGGGAAGGGGGAUAUUGCCCUAGAUGAUAUCACACUAGAUUUUGGUUUCUGUAACACUGGAAAAUUAUGUGACUUUGAAUCUGGAAAUAUAUGCCAAUUUGAGCAAUCACUUAUAGAUGAUUUAGACUGGGAAUUGGUAAUGGUUUCGAGCUCUCGUGUAGUUGGUGAAGUAGAUCCAGAAGAAGAUCAUUCCCAGCAGUCAUCACUUGGCCAUUACCUCAAAUUGUCAGGUGAAGGAUCAGCAGUGAUUGUUACCAAUGAAAUUCAUCCUCAAUAUUGUUGUGUUGAAUUCUGGGUGUAUUUGGAUGGAUUCUUUGGGUAUUCUUCAUCAGAUCUAUAUGUCUAUACAUUAAUAAAUGGAGUUAAAGCCUCUAAGAUUAACAUCACUGAUGUUUUAGGCCACAAUUGGAACCACUAUCUGUUACCAGUAACAAGUUCUUUCUAUUAUUCUUUGGCAUUUGAAAGCCAUGUUCGAGGCAGUGGUUACACAGUUGGCCUUGAUGAUGUGCAGCCACUGAUAUCUUGUGAAGCAAUGGAAGAGUGUAACUUUGAAUCUGACUUGUGCAUGUGGAAGAAUUCUGUGAAGGAAAAUCAAUUUGAUUGGUCAAUAACAACAGGUAAUGAUCUUGAUUCCAUUUAUGCCCCUACUGUAGAUAUCACUCUGGGCUCUCCUUAUGGAAAAUUUGCAUAUGUUGAUACAUACAGAGAUGACCCUGCAACUGGAAAACCACAUGCAAUCCUUGAAUCUAAUGUAAUGGAACCAAUGGAACGAUGCAUUAGCUUUUGGUUUCAUAUCAAAGGUGCAGGAACACAAUCCCUGAUUCUCAGUACCAAAGACAUAUUGUCGGGUGUAGUAUCAGAUAUAUGGGAGUACAGUUUAUUACUUUUCGCAGAUUGGGAAUAUAAACAAUUUUCUAUUAUGAAGUCAGAGCGGUACACCAUUCAGUUUGAGGCUGUGACUAGCAAUGACCAGGGAAUGAUUGCCUUAGACCAAGUGAAGGUGGUGGCUGAUUUAUGCUCCAACCAUUCUGUGCCAGACUGUGUCAUUAAAUGUGAUGAGGGUGCCACCUGUAUUCAUGAAGAUCAGAUGUGCAACUUUGUACAGGACUGUAUGAAUGGGGAGGAUGAAAAUUUUUGUGGCUACAACUGUACCUUUGAUGAAGAUUCUCAUCACAACACACCAUGUAGUUGGGAUACUGAUAGAGAAAAUGGUGAUAUUUUAACGUGGCUGCCACUCUCAGGUCAACUAAAUGAUUCGUAUGGGCCACCUGUGGACCACACUUUCUUAACUCCUUUGGGUCACUAUAUGGCUGUGAUUCCAGUAAAUGGUAAAGUCAGAGAAGAGAAACCAGCUGUUCUGCUAAGCCCACCACUGAAAAACUCUGGUGGUUAUUGCCUUAUGACAUUCUGGUAUGUCAUGUAUGGACGGCCUGAUAACACCUCUUCUUCUUUUAUAGGCUCCCUAAUUGCAGUAUACCAAAUGGGUGACUUAUCUACUGAAUUACUAAGCAUAAAUGGUAACAAAGGUGAUGAAUGGCUUCAUGGAGUAGCCUAUAUUGGAAGAGUUACACCUGAAUUCUACAUUAGAUUUGAAGGAGACCGGAAUCUAGACAUUGAUGGUUAUAUGGCAGUUGAUGAUAUAACAUUUGAAAACUGUUUCCUUCCAACGCCUCAGAAAACACCUGGAGACUGUAAGGAGUAUCAGUGCACUAAUCUGGCCUGUGUAUCAAUGUUUGAUCGUUGUGAUUUUGUUGACGACUGUGGUGACUACUCAGAUGAGGUAAACAGAGUGGCUGGGUGUAACAAAUUUGUUGGACGUUGCUCAUUUGAAGAUAAUACCUUCUGUGACUGGGAACAAGACGAUUCUAAUAAUUGGUAUUUAGGAUCACCAAGUGUACAAGACAUCAUUCCAAAGCGAGAUCACACACUUAAUUCAGCUAGUGGCUCCUUUAUCUAUAUUGAUAAUACAUUUGAUUACAAGAACACUACUGUUGCUACCAUACUUAGUCCUGUAAUAAAAUGGGAUGAUAAAAUGAUAUCUCCAUGUAUUCUUCACUUCUUCUAUUGCAUAUAUGGACCAGCAGCACAAAAAUUAACUGUUUCAUCAAGGGAUGCAUCUAAUGGACCACUGAACAUUCACUUAGUGAUUACUGAUGCUGUUGGGCCUUAUUGGGAACAAGCAGAAAUCUCCAUGGCACCUCAAGAUAUCAUACACAAGCCUCUACAGUUUAUCAUCACAGGAGAGAGAGAUUCUCUAGGAAAACAAAGAUCAGUUAUUGCCAUUGAUGAUAUAUCCUUUACUGAGUCCUGUGUAUUAUCAGAUGAUAUAUUGCCAACAGCCUCACCAAGUAUACCAACCACUACAUCAGGUGCUUGCCCUAAUCAAUUCCAGUGUAAUGAUGGAGAAUGUAUCCCAUUGGACCAUGUCUGUAAUUUUAUGAAUAACUGCAUAGAUGGGACUGAUGAAGCUAUGUGUGCAGAAUGUUCUUUUGAAAACGGUACUUGUGGUUGGCGGGAUAUAAGUUAUGGUUCCUACUUUUGGACUCUUGAUGAACCUAAUGCUAAUAACCGUUCUGGACAAGUUAUGAUUGUUGAGGGAAAGUCAGGCAGCAACUCUAAAGAAGCAAAUCUCAUCAGCGUCGCCCUUGGACCAUCUGCUACAAACUGUAUUAUGAGUUUCUUUUACUAUAAACAUUUGGGAGAAGAUGAUAAGACAAGUCUGCAACUUGACCUCAAAUCACAUAUUGGUAAUGAAUUCACAGUUUGGUAUGUACUUACUGAUAUGAAUGACACUUGGCAUCAACAGUUUGUAGGCAUUGGAGAACAUGAAAUGGGAUGGAGCCUCCGCUUUCAAGCCAAUCACUAUGACACAAACGGAUUAGUAAUGAUUGAUGAUGUGCAUUUUGAAAAUUGUUCCAAACCAAAUUCAACUAUAUGCAAGCCAUAUGAAUAUAGAUGUGACAAUGGUGUUUGUGUUACUAAAGACAAGUUUUGUGACUUUAAUGAUGAUUGUGGUGAUGGCACAGAUGAAAUACCAGCAUUAUGUAAAAAUUACCCUGAAAGAUGUAAUUUUGAAGACAGCUUUUGCAACUGGAAGCAAGAAGUUAGUGAACUGGAAUGGAUACGUAAAACCGGUGAUAUGAUGUCCGAGGAUGUUGGCCCAGACUUUGAUCACACUUAUGGAAAUGAAACUGGGUAUUAUUUAUAUCUGGAGAGUGGAGAAGGAGAUCAAGGGAAGAUUGGCAGAGUGUCUAGUACUGCCUUUUAUCCAUCUACAACUGAGUCAUGCUUCUUUAGAUUUUGGUAUAUGAUAAGAGCUGACAAAAGUGCCUCAUUAACUGCUUUUGUUGAAGAGACUUCCUGGAAUUCAUUUGGAUAUUCUCCAUCGGUUCAGAUUUUCCAAACAAAUGGAACUGCUGAAUAUUUAUGGACAAGAACUAAUGCUCCUGUGAUUUAUACAAGAUACUUCAAGAUCUUGCUUGAAGCUAAGGUGGGUGAGAAAUUCGAUGGAGACAUUGCAAUUGAUGAUGUAUCUUUCUCACUAGAUUGCAAGCCUACUAACAGCCUACCAACUGUCUCACCAACUCCAGGUCCAUGUUCAAAUGGGCAGUACUUUUGUUCAUCUGGUGAAUGCAUUCCCGACUCAAAAGUUUGUGAUUUACGAUAUGAUUGUAGGGACAACAGUGAUGAGCUGUCGUGUCCCUCUAUUUGUAAUUUUGAGGUUGAUGUUUGUGGGUGGCAGGAGGCAGUUCCUGAUAAACUUGACUGGAUACGUGCCAAGGCUGAUGAUAGUAAUUUUGGUACUAAUACUGAUGGACCUCUUGUUGACCAGACAGGAAAUAGAGAUGGCCAUUUCUUGUUUUUGUUCAAAACUACUGAUAAGUUGAUUGAUGAAAAAGGUCUUGCUUUUACCCACUUUUACCAGAACACAGCCCCUUACUGCCAUUAUCAUUAUUGGUUCUUCAAUAAGGGAAUUCUUGGAUCUGAUAUUAUUCUCAGACUUAAUUCUACACCAUAUGAAUUCACCAAUUUAACAUUCUUCACAAGUGAGUCUGGGAUAGAUGAGAGUCAUUGGAUAGAUGGAGAAGUAGGUAUUGGAAGACAGAAAUACCCCUUCCAACUUUCUUUCUACAAAGAACCAUCAGACGAUUACUUUGGAAAAUUUGCCAUUGAUGAGACACUGUUCGACCAGGGUUGCCACUAUCCAGAUCCCGUAGAUGGCAACUGUGCCAUUAAUGAAUACCAUUGCAGAGUUACAAAGGUUUGUAUACUGGCUGAGAAUAUGUGCGACUUAAGUGAUGAUUGUGGAACAGGCGAGGAUGAAUCUACUAUUGCAUGCCUUGGCUACCACUUUUUAACUCUUGAAGAUGAUACCUGGAUUAAAUGGUUCUCUCAAGGUCAAAAUGGUGUUGACGAUGACUUUGACUGGACGCUAUGGAGUGGCAGCACACCUACUGUGGGUACGGGUCCUAACUUUGAUCACACAACCUCAAGUUAUGAGGGCCACUACCUUUACCUUGAAACAGCUCAUCCUCAGCACCAUAAUCAAAAGGCCUGGCUAGUAAGUUACCCUAUCAUAGCUGGCCCGGACUGCACCUUUACCUUCUAUUCCCAUAUGUAUGGUAGAGAUACUGGGUCUCUUUCAAUCCUGUUGCGAAAUGAGUCACAUUCAAACUUGACAAAAAUAUGGACUAUGAACUCAGAGAUUGGAAAUUUCUGGGUGAAGCAGGUUUUGACACCAGACUUGCUGCCCCACAAGGUACCUUUCCAAUUAAUAUUUGAAGGCACAGUUGGAGAUGAGCAACUGGGAGACAUUGCUAUUGAUGACUUUGUCUUCUCCUCAGACUGCAGACUUGAUAGUCAACCUACACACAACUGCACUGCGGAAGAAUAUCAGUGUAGUGAUGGAACGUGUUUGCCUCUGAAGAAUCGCUGUAAUUUUGCAGUUGAGUGUCCAAAUGGUGACAAUUCAGAUGAAGAAGGGUGUGUGUCUCCAAUGUGCACAUUUGAGGAUGGUGAUCUGUGCAAUUGGGAGAUCAAAGCAAAUCAAAACAAAUCAGUGGAGAGCACAGAAAAUGAAGAGAUGUUCACGUGGAAGAUACUUCGUGGAAUGGACUCGAUAGAUAAUGAGGAACAGCUCCCGUUCAAGCCCAAACAAGAUCAUACACAUGGUGAUGACUCCAGUUAUUAUGCAUUUUCUUCAUCAUCUCGUGGAGAAUAUGAAACUGCAACAGAUCUAAUCACCACGAGGGCCAUUGGUGAAUCAAGUGUCACGUGCCGCCUACAUAUGUGGUAUUGGAUGGCUGGAACUGAGCCUGGCUCACUUCAUCUUCAACUUAUUUCUGCCACUGAUGAGGUUACAGAAGUGUGGAUGGAAGAUGGCGAUAAUGGAAAUGUGUGGAACCUGGUAGAAGUACCCUUAAGCCAUGUGUUUGAGCAGCGUGUCUCCUUACGUGCACAGCGGGGUGUUAGCUAUGAAGGGGCCACUUCACUUGAUGACAUACAGUUUGUGGAUUGUAUCCCACCAAUAAUGCCUCCAAACGGAAAGACAUGUCUUGAGCUGAACAAGUACAAGUGCAGGGCAAGUACCUGCAUUGAUGAAGAUAAAGUCUGUGACUACUCAAAUGAUUGUCUUGAUACAUCUGAUGAGAUACAAUCCAUAUGUGAUACAUACAAGUUCCGGUGCAGUUUUGAGGAUGGUUUGUGUAAUGACUGGAAAGAAGAAAUUGAAAACACUGCUAACUGGGUGCUGUUGCAGGCAUCAAGUAAUGUUGUUGGUAAUCUACCAGCAACUGACCACACAACAUACACUACAGAGGGACAUUAUCUGAAGUUUGAUGGCAACACAAUGGAGAAUCGUACAGUUGGACAAAUCCGGUCACCAGUUUUGCGUGGUAGUUCUAAAGAUUGCUUCUUCAGAAUGUGGUACCAGUAUCUUGGUGAUCAACCUGGGAACAUCACUAUUUACAAGCGUUAUACAUAUUAUAGAGAUGGGUUAGUGGUUCUUUCAAAAUGUGAUACUUCUGUCAAAAAUUUGUGGCUCAGAGUAAAUCUUCCAGUACGUAAUGGUUUGGACUACAGUGAUUUUGCGGUUGUUGUGGAAGGUUCUGCUACUCCUGAAAAUUCUGGAAACAUGGUGUUAGAUGACUUCUCUAUGUCAGAUACUUGUGAACUGUCUGAUAAUCAGAGACUGCCAGGAAGUGAUGAUUUGACAACACCUACACCUAUCUGCCCAGAUGGUUAUGAAGCAUGUAGUAAUGGCAAAUGCUAUCAACCCAUUGAGGCGUGCAACUUUAAAGAUGAUUGCGGAGAUGGGACUGAUGAACGAGACUGCACCAAGAGCUGUGACUUUGAGGGGGAUGACUUGUGUGGUUGGUAUGAGAGCAGUGCAAAUUCCAUCCAUUGGAGACGAGCUGGCUUCCCUGCUCCACCUCCCGGCCCGGACAGUGAUCACGAUCAUCAAAACACCACACAUCAUCUUGCUACUGCCAAAACUGGGGGCCCAGGAGGACAGGUUGCUGUGUUAGAGUCUAGGACAUUCUCCUCUGUGAACCGUGAUUGUACCCUUUCCUUGUGGUACUAUUUGGCCAGUAAUGUUAGUGAAGAGUCCACUCUCACCCUCCUAAGAAAAACUGAGGAGGAUACAUCGGAAAUCUUAUGGAAGGAAACAGCAUCAUACCUUGCAGGCUGGGAGCCAAAUUUUGUAACCAUUUCUGGCAAAAGAGACUUUACACUUCACUUCAAGGCUAAUCAUGGUCCAGGAGCAACUUACUUAGCUCUGGAUGAUAUUCACUUUAGUCAAUGUGCUCCAGACACUGAUGAAUGUGAGGUCAACACUGACUUCAAUUGUGGUGAUGGCUCCUGUGUUCCUCUUAAAGAUGUCUGUGAUGCCAAAUAUGAUUGUUUGAAUAAAAUGGACGAAUAUCAAUGUCCUCCCGUCAAGGGCAACUGCAACUUUGACUCAGAAACAUGGCACCUAGAGUGUGACUACAUCCAGCGUACUGAUGAUGACUUAGACUGGAAGAGAGCAAGUUCCUCAGGUGACCCAGCACUUGGCCCACAACAUGAUCACACACUUGGUUCAAAUGGAUAUUACCUCUAUGUCUCAAACACAAAUGGAGAGCUUGGUCAGUUGGCCGGCAUGAAAGUCGACUUUUUAUACCCGCCCUCUGAGGAUAUAUGUUACCUUCGUUUCUGGUAUUACAUGCACAGCGAUGAAACUGCAUCCAAUGUUAGUAGAGGAAUUCUUAGGGUGAAGCUGGAAUCGAGGAGUGAUGGACGAAUUACAGCAGCGUCUAUCAGCGGUAAUCAUAAUUCUCAGUGGAUGGAAGAGAUAAUACUAAUCAACAUGGGCAAAUAUUAUUCUGUCAUCUUUGAAGCUGAGACUGGAAACCCAAUAUACACAUACAUUGCCAUAGAUGAUGUGUCUUUCACCCCAGAAUGUGAAACAGGUGUUGGUCCCCCACCAUUUAAUAACACUUGUGAUCCUAAUGAACGAGCGUGCAAGGAUGGAGAGUGUAUUCCUGCAACUUUCUUCUGUGACUGCUAUUUAGACUGUCUUGAUGGUUCUGAUGAAGACAACUGUGGUACCACCUGUACUACACUGAUGACCCGUCCUACAACCACUCCAGGAUCCACCACCACUACAACGAACCCCAAUGCCUGUCAAGAUACACAGUUCCCAUGUAAUGACAAUAUGACUACAUGUAUUCCAUCUCUUCUCCUUUGUGACGGAAUCUCAGAUUGUCCCAACAAAGCCGAUGAGGAGAAAUGUCCAGAUAAGACACCUUGUGAUGAUGGUUUCUUUUAUUGUGCUGACCCCUUCAUGAUAGAGCUUCCUUGUAUGAGCAAUUCUAAUCUAUGCAAUGGCAUGGCCAAAUGUUUGACUUACAAAGCUGAUGAGUCUCUCUGUGGAUACUGCCCUGAAAAUUAUUGCCAGAAUAAUGGGACCUGUUCUGCUGUGAAUGGAGGUCCCCCUGUCUGCAAGUGCACAAACAAGUACACUGGUAAUCGUUGUGAGUUGCAAGCACCAUUAACCACCACCCCAUCUCCAACUACAAGCAUCUCCCCAUCUACUCCAUCUACUACAACGCCGUCUCCUGAGCUGGGCGCAGGUCCCAUUGUUGGAAUUGUGCUUGGAGUACUUGCCUUUAUUAUUCUAGCAGGAGUAAUUACCUAUUAUUACAUAAAAAAGAAAAGGUACUCACCUACGAGAGACGGGAGCAAUUGGGACGACCCUCGUCAUCAGCCUUACUUUGGACUGGACAUGCCACAGCCCACAGAAGACCAAUACCCAUUAGAUGAACUAAAUAAAUCUAACACUGGUGAGGGCACCUCAAAUCCAACUUUCCUUAAGGAUUUUGAGGAACCCUCAGUGUCUAAUAAACCUACAUCAGAUUUGUAGGGCAUAAAUAUUAUAGGUUUUAUAUAAUUCUUGUACAGUAUUGUUGUUUCCUGUAGUGACCAUUUACCUUAUUUUCUAAUGUUACUUGUUAGUACAGUACAUACUAGUCUUCACUCUGUGUAUUCAAUUUCUUGUAGAUAGCUAACUAUAGUUGAAAGAAUUUACAAUUGCAUUGCCAAAUUCAGGACAAUUCUAUUACAGGUGCUCCUCUACUUAAGAAAAUUCAACUUACAAACUUUCAGAGAUACAAACAUCAUCACUGAGGGGGUUACCUGCCAGAACAG